AUGGAGCGAGACACGCCAAAAGAGAAGCAGUGUUGCAGUCUGCCCACAGUGAAGAAACUCUUGGAGCGUAAGAGAAGACGCGAGACGUCGUCUGGUCAACCCUGCUGCUCUACGGCCGUCACAAGUCCUGCUCCUCCGACCACUGUCACACAGUCACCUUCAGCAGAACAGUUUACCUGCACAGGGGCUUCGAGCAGCUACUCAGACAUGGCAGUGAGCUAUAAGCAGUGGACUCCGGCAGCAGAACCGGCAGUCGGUUACUACCACGUCCAUCCAGAAACCAGCUACGAUGCCGCCUUCAGCAUCCCAAUGACAUCUGAGUACGGCGCACAGCAGCACGUCCUGGGAUAUGAAGACACAAUGUCUCUGACAUACGAGUGCCCGAUGAGUGCGGCCGCAGAUCCCGGCAUGGCUUCGGCUUGGUCCCAUUUGGGUCCCAAUCCGACCACACAGCUGAGUUUUGGUUCGCCGAUGGACGCCGCUAAGCUGGAAGAGGCCCGGAUGCUGCUGAGCGGGAUGGACAACAGCAGAGCUACUGGGCAGGAUGAAGAUGGAGACACCAUCCUGCACAUCUACACUGCCAAAGGGCUCAGGGAGUGUGCCUUUGCCGCUGCAGAGAGGUUGAGGGAUGUCGGUGGGCUUGAUGCUAAAGAGCACAAGGGAAAGACUGCUUUACUGGUGGCGGUGACAGCAAACCAACCGGGGAUUGUGCAAGAUCUUCUCUCUUUUGGCACGGACAUCAAUGUCUGUGACGUUAAAGGGCAAACUGCCCUUCAUCUGGCUGUCCACUAUGGUCUACCUGGGGUUCUUCAGGUAAUUCUGUCCAGCAGGCCGUCUGUCAACCUGGAGGCUCGCAAUUUUGAGGGUAUGACUCCUCUGCACUGUGCAGCCAUCUCUCACAGUGUCACCGUGAAGGCGUUGUCCAACUGUGGGCAAGCAGAUGUUGGUCUUCGCACCAAGGCUGCGGAGAAGCUGUCCUGCGUGCAGAUGCUUCUCAGCGCCGGGGCGUCGCUCCUCAGCCAGGAAAUCAAAAGUAACAAGACCGUGCUGCACUUGGCAGUAAAGGAGGGGAACAUCGACCUGGUGAAUUAUCUACUGACGAUUCCUAUGCAGAACAUGAAAGACUUUGUCAACUUGAAAGCGCAUGGUCACACAGCUUUGCACAUGGCAGCUGGUCUCCAUGGUAACCCCCACCAGGAGGAGAUACUGCAGCUGCUCCUACGCAGAGGAGCCGACCCCAGCAUCCGCAACCUGGAGAACGACCAGCCAGCUCACCUGCUGCAGAGCGGCCCCCAGGGAGACAAGCUCAAGCUCAUGCUGAAGAAACGAAGUGCUUCCUCUCGUCGGCGUAUCGUGUCCUUGCAGGACCAAGGAUGACACGAAAAUCCCCACUUGUAAUUCCCAUUCGGAUGGAAUGCGUUUUUAAGGAUUUACAGUUUUUUGUUGUGUUGCUUCGGUAAUCUCUGUCUUCUAUAGUGUUCACAACUAUUUCCACUAGAUUAGACAAAUAAUCUGUGUAUACUUUACCUGGCAUUUAGUGUCUGUAAUUUAUUUAUCUUAGCAUUGGGCGAAUUGUUCAUGUGUAGGCAAAGCAUUUCAUUCCAUAAAACAUUUUAAUCCAAGUAUAUAUUUUUGUCAAAAAGGGCAUUUAACUUUUUUUAAAUGAAAACCUUUAAACAAACAAAAAUGAAGAGGCAAAAAUCAGAGGAUGAAGACACCAGUGCAGAAUAGUAUUCCUUUUCCUGACAGGUUACAGUUUAAUGUUGAUUUCCAUGAAAUCGUUGGUAAAACAAGACAAUGUUAAUAAUGCCUUUAAAUAAGAAUGACAUAAUUUAACUGUCAGUCUGUAUGCAUCAUACUUACAUGAGUAACAUCAAGUACAACUUUUCUGGGAAAAUGAACUUGACUAUGUAAAACAAGUAUGUAUUGAAACUGGUUGUGGCAAAGAAUGUAUCACAGAGACCUUACGUGGGUAAGUGUGCUGAGAAAUUGUCUGACUAGCUGUACAUUUUAGUCAUGAGUCAUGACUAAAAGCACAGAAAGACUUGUGACUAAAGCUCCGUCUAAAUGCUUUGAUGUUCAAAUUUACACCAUCCCACUAGAGGACUACUAGGAAAGUGUCCGGAGGAUUUUAUUUUUCAAGCCAAGUGUCAACUGAGGUUUCUUCCAUUGUAAUUAACCAUAGUGGGAGGGGAAACUGUUUUUUUGUGUGUGAUUUAUUUGGUUUCAAUCUGCCUCUGACAUAUGAGUCGUCUGCUUAAGAAGUUGUAAUUCUUGUAAAGCACACCGUGAAGAUUAAUCUCAAAAUAACAGCCUAAUAAUACUAUUACACAUAAGAUGAUUGUCAAAGAAAACACUGAUAAAAUCAUCUGGAGUAGAAGACCUUUAUUUGAAAGGGUCCCAUUUUUUCACAGGUAUUCAUUUGAUUUGUAAUGCCUUUGCCUUUACAUUAAAGCAGAACAAACGCAAUCACUGUAUCACAUUGAUUAAAUAAUUAUUCAACUCAA